CAGGAAUAAUAAUACAAAUGAAAAGUAUUAUAAGAUGUAAUUUUUGAGAUGGUUGAAGCAACCAGUGAUUUUUUAGACCCAAUAAAUUCUUCCAACAAAAGAUCAGUUUCAAAUUCAAGCAGUAAAUCAUUUGAUUCAGAGUACUCUAGUAGCAUAGAAAAUAAAGUCAAAAGGAAAUUAUCUGAUGCUUCAAAUGCAUAUGUUACAACUAGCAAACAAGUAGAGGCAGAUUUGCUAUUGGAAGAUAACAGAUUCCCAGCAUCCAAUUUAAAUGAGUUUGAUAAUAAUGGUAUUGCAGGCUCUUUUCAAAAUGGAUUACCUGAGUCAAAAGUGAAAAAGUACAAAAAAAAAAAAAGAAUUUCUCAGAUUAUAUCUGGGGAUCAAAAAUCAAAGGCUGCUUUGUUUCAGAAGAUACUCAAAGACAUGUCUGCAGAAGAAGGCCUUGUUAGUGAUUAUUCUUGUGCAUUUUAUCGAGAUAUCCUCAUACAUGGGCGUCUUUAUCUGUCACGAACUUGGUUGUGUUUUCAUGCAAAUAUAAUUGGAUGGGAAACAUUGGUGACUGUCCGAUGGAGUGAUGUAACAUCUAUAACAAAAGAAAAAACUGCUAAACUAAUUCCAAAUGCAAUACAAAUUUAUACUGGUAGUGACAAAUAUUUCUUCACCACUUUCGUUUCGCGAGAAAAGGCUUACACAGCACUUUUUCGUAUUUGGCAGAAUGCUUUAUUGGGACAGCCUUUAGGGACUUCACAGCUCAAAUUUUUAUGUCGAAAGUAUCAACAAAAACAAAUGAGUUCUACUGAUUUAUUGGAUGGAGAAGCAGGUUUUGUUGAGAAUGAUGUCGAUAUUUCUACUGAUGUCAAAUCAAACCAUCUUAAAGAAUUGCUCGAUGAUGGUUUAAAACAUGGUAAAACUUCUAAAAUACCAGAUAGCUACAUUAAAGAUGGUGUUGUUGAAAUGCCAAGACCAGAAUUUCAUCCAGUAUUGCAUAAUUCUUCUUUGCCUCUUUUAAAUAACUCAAUAUUAAGCAAUAAUAGUGAUAAAGUAUUGGACAAGGAGGAAAAUGUUCAAAAUGGCUUUGCAAAAAAUAAAACACAUGACUUUCUAAAUUUUAAUAAAAAGAAAAAGAAAAAACAUCGUAACAGUCUACCAUCUUAUAGUAUAAAGUCUCCUAUUCUAGACCAAGGAGAGGUUUCUUCAACUGAUUUUGGGGAUGAAACUGAUGAAGAUGCAAAGAUUGAAGACUUAAAUGUACCAUGUCCUUGUCAUAAUUCUCAUGUUGGAAAAGAGUUUGCCAAUGAAGAAUUUGAUUUUGAUGUGGACGCUCUCUUUGAUCAUUUGUUUUCUCAAGAUUCUGACACAAUGAAAGAAAUUUUUGAACAAAGAAAUUUUCAAGACUGGAAAUAUACUCCAUUAACAGAGGAAAAUGGUGUAAAAACCCAAACUUUAACCUAUACAGUUCCAUUAAAUUACAGUAUUGGACCAAAACAAUCUAUAACAGAAUCCAAACAGACUUUUUCUAAAGAAAACAAAAGUGGAUCUUUUUAUGUGGUUGAUGUCUUGAGCACCAGCUUUGGGGUUCCUUAUUCUGAUAGCUUCAACAUUGUCACAAGAUAUUGUUUAACUAGAGCAAUAGGAAAUAGAUCUCGCCUUCAAAUUUAUGGUGAAAUUCUGUACUCAAAAAAAGUGUUUGGACUAGUAAAAAAUAUGAUUACUCGUACGACUGAAGAUGCAUUAAAAGAUUAUUAUCUGUGUCUUUUGCAAUCUUUAAGAAGUGAAUCCAGAAUUUCUCCAAAUAAAGGAAACAAGGUUUCAAUUAGUAAAUUAAGAAAAGAAUCUUUUAAAUCUAGUCAAUCUACAGAAAAGUUUAGUAAACAUGCUAACAUUGUCCUGCAGAAACAAACUUCCAGGGCAAAAGCACCAGAUUUGAAUUUGAGUCAUAAAGAACUUAUUGUAAAUAAUCCUCGACAUGUUAUUGUCUACUCAUUUAUCUUUAUUUUUAUCCUUGGUCUCAAUAUUUAUUUACUGGUGCGUAUGCGAAGUCUAGAAAAUCUCAUACUUGUUGAAAGACCACUAUUUGCAGAUGGUAAAGCUCCUGUUACUCUGGAGGAUUGGGAAAAACUGUUGCAAUAUCAAAAAAACUUACAGACGUCACAAUUAGCUAGAUUCCACGACUUUGUUGAUAAAACCUUGAGUUUGGUACAACAGGUUGAAAAUUCAAUGUUAGCGAUGCAAAAAGAAUUGCACUUAUACGAAAAUAACUUUGAAGCUUCUGGAAAUUGAUUUAUGAACGGAAUAAUUUCUGUAAAGUUGUAUAAAUAUAUUCUAUAAAGUUAUAUAAAUAGUGCAAAGGAAGAUAA